CCACUCAGGGCAUGCAAAUUAAAUAAACAAGAUCUCCAGAACAGCCAAGCCUUCAAGUCUUUCUACAUCUCUUCGAGUCUUUCAUUGAAGCAUAAAUUACUUCAAUGGCUGCCUCAGCUUCCAUGCAAUCAAUCCUAGCAAACUCAGUGGUUUAUGGAGCUGGAAAGAGUGGAUCAGUGAGAGUGAGCCACCUGGUUCCUGCUAAAUAUGCAACAACAUCCCACAGGUACCCUCAACUGAGGGUACGUUCCAUGGCAGAGAAUGGUCAGGAAGAGCAACCAUCUACAACACCAGAGGCAUCUAGAAUUCCUCCACCACCUCCUACACCUACUCCUUCUCCUAAGCGUAGUCCUAAGGUUAGCACAAAGUUCUCCGAUGUGUUUGCAUUCAGUGGGCCAGCCCCAGAGAGGAUCAACGGCAGGCUUGCAAUGGUGGGGUUUGUUUCAGCUCUGGCAGUGGAGCUAUCCAAGGGGCAGGAUGUGUUUGCUCAGAUAUCCGACGGUGGAGUGUCCUUGUUCCUUGCCACAAGCAUUUUGCUAUCGGUGGCAUCUGUGAUUCCUCUGUUCAAAGGGGUGAGCGUGGAGUCGAAAUCAGAUGGGAUAAUGACUUCAGAUGCUGAGCUGUGGAAUGGAAGGUUGGCCAUGUUAGGUCUGGUAGCUUUGGCCUUCACUGAGUAUGUGAAGGGAGGAACCCUAGUGUAGGUCUUAAUCAUUGUUGUAGAACUUUUCCACAUGUAAUUAGUCUGUACGAAUCUUUAUAAGAAUAUCACAAUUUUCAUACUCCA